AUUGCUCUAAAAAUUUUCCAUCAUGUCUGAACCAAAUGGAGCUGUUGCCUCACUUAUUUUCCUACUCGUUUUCUCCUCCAUGUUUUCACCAAAGUUGGUAGUUUUUGGCUCGCCUCCUCUCGAGCAUUCCUUCAAGAGGCCCGAUCCUCUUCGACACUUGAAGGACUACCGUGGAGUCUAUAACGUUACAAACAAGCAUUACUGGGCCUCUGCGGCAUUUACAGGAGUUCAUGGAUAUGCAAUGGCGGGAGUUUGGACAGUGUGUGGUAUAUGUUUUGGGAUUUUCUUGAUUUUCAAGAACAUAAGCAGUAGCGAGUCUUCUUCUUCUUCUUUCACUGACCAUUUGGAUCGUUACUAUUUGUUGUUGUUUAUGAUGUUCCUCCUAUUAACGUUGCUCGCCAUCGUUGCUGCCAGCUUCGUAAUCGCAGCAAACCAGAGCUCCCUGCAAAGAACAAAGAAACUGAAGGAUACUAUUGAAUUGAAUGUGACAACACAUCGACUCGGAAAGGAAUCACGAACCAUUCACAAUUUUGUUAGAAGUCAUGAACGUCCAAUCGAUGUGGCAAUUCAAACUUCGUACAUAGCACAUCUUGUGAUUGCCAUGGUCAACUUGCUAUUGUUGAUUGCUGCACUUGUUCUGCUUCUGUCGCAUUGGCACCCUGGACUUGUCUUCAUAAUUUGUUUCUGCUGGAUCUUAACAGCUCUGUGCUGGGUUUUGACUGGCUUUGAUUUUUCCCUUCACACUUUUGCUCAAGAUUCUUGUUCAGCUUUUGAAGAUUUUGUCCAAGACCCCCAAAACAACAUCUUAAGCUCAAUAUUACCCUGCAUGAAUUCAACAAAUUCAGACGAAAUCUUGACUGGAGUUGGCUCCACUAUACAUGAUUUCAUAUGGGAGUUGAACUUGCAAAUAACUGAGGUAUAUUCAAGAAUCAAAUUGAACGAACACAAUGAUGGUUUAUUUGGCUUUGGGAUGAUAUGUGACCCCUUCUCCGGAGCACCUAACUACAGCUAUGUACCUGAAGUCUGCCCCGAAGAUGCCAUCCCCAUCGGCAGCAUACCAAAUAUCCUUGCAAGGUUCACCUGUUACAAUGAGAAUUCCACUCAAGUAUGCUCAAGUAAUGGAAAAUUCCUUCCCGAGGAUACUUACAACGAGGCAUCGGCAUACAGCCAUUCUGUUCAGUACAUGCUCAAUGUGUUUCCUGAUCUGCAGAACUUGGCUGAAUGCAGCAUGGUAAAGGACGCCUUCUCUGACGUUUUCCUGCAUCAAUGCAGACCGUUUAGGACAUCGCUACGAUGGCUAUGGGCAUCGAUGCUAUCUCUUUCAAUUUCCAUGAUGCUUUUAGAGUUAACUUGGAUUGUGAAAGCUUAUCAAGAGAAGGGAAGGUGCUUCUCUAGAUGUUCAAUCUUCCCUAACCCAAGGCGAUCAAACCCUUCAUUAGAAUAGCAAACUUAUACGGUGGAGGUUAUCUCUUGGUUAGCUAGGUUGU